AUGAGCAGUUCUCAGCAUGCUGUUGUCAUUGACAGUGGCUCAUAUCAGAUUCGAGUUGGCCUCUCUGGUUUUGCAGCUCCCAGUGUGGUGUGUAAGAGCGUGGUAGGUCGUCCUAAGAAUGACUCCUGUGGAAGAGAUGUGUAUUUUGGAGAAGAGGCUUGGGUAAACAGAGACCAUAUGUGUGUAACACACCCUUUACAGCGAGGAAAGGUGGAAUCCUGGGAAGAUUUGGAGUUGGUCUGGAAGAACGUGUUUGAGUCUAGCCUCAAGUUCUCCCCCAGGGAAAAGCCAGUGUUGCUGUCAGAGGCUACGACAAGCCAUCACCUCCAACGGGAGAGGAUGUGUAGAGUUAUGUUUGAGGCCCUGGAGGUGCCUGCCCUAUACCUUGCCUCCCAGUCUGUACUUGCCCUGCUGUCAUCUGGAAACGUCAGUGGUUGCGUGCUGGAUUCUGGGUAUGAGCUCACGCAAGCAGUUCCUGUGUACGAAGGCCAUUGUCUUCCCCAUGCGGUCCACCGCUUGGCUCUUGGUGGCCAUCACGUCACCACCCACCUGGCAAACUUGCUGAAAAAGUCCGGGUCCAAGUUCUCAAACCCAGCACAGGAAUAUGACGCUGUGACGGACAUCAAAGAGAAGAUGUGUUUUGUGUCUUCUGACCCGUCGGCGGGCUCAGAGAUAGUUUCAGACAGUGAGGAGGCCAGGUACUCCCUUCCGGACGGUCAAGUCCUCCAAAUUCAUUCAGAGAAGUCCCAAGCGCCUGAGAUCUUGUUCUCACCUGAGACGGUCUCCAUGGAGACGCCCGGCGUACCCAGUCUAGUGGUGAACUCAGUCUCGGACAGUGAUACAGAUCUCAGACCGGUUCUUUUUGGAAAUGUAGUCCUCGCAGGAGGAUGUAGUCUUAUCCCAGGAUUUGGGGUCCGGCUGAGGAAGGAAGUGGAAGCUUUGGCUCCUCCAGGGAACAUGGUGAGGCCUGUUAGACGUACUGACUCUGCCUGGGUUGGUGGCUCCCUCCUGGCUUCUCUGUCAGUCUUUAGUGACAUCUGUAUCAGCAGAGCAGAGUACCAGGAGACAGGGCCCAGCAUAAUCCUUCACAAAUGCUUUUGA